AUGUCAUACGGUCCGCGGCAAACGAACGUGUUUCCUUCUGGUUCAACCACUACCCUCGGUGGUCUGCAUGGCUCCAAUACGUCCUUGCUGCGACAGAGCAACCAGACCCAGUCUGCGCUUCAGACAAGAAUCAAUGCGAAACGCGCCGAGCUCGAGAAUCUCCGCCAGCUACGUGACCUCAGUGGAAAUCUUGCAGACCAACUAUCGGCACUUGAAGGGAAAUUGAGCACUCUAAAGGACGGCGCGCAAAGUGUCGCACUUGUCCUGGCAAACUGGGAGAAUGUGCUCCGCGCUAUCAAUAUGGCAGCUAUGAAAGUUCCUGUUCCAAAGGACGACAACGACGCCGAAGAGAAAGAUCUCGACGGGAACGGCGAUUCGGAAAAGAAAAAGAAAGCAGGGCAGGAAUUGCCUGUACCCCUCGUCAGGAUACCAGUGCAGCGGAAAGAAAACGGUGGUUGA